AUGGGUGAAGAAUUAGACAAAUUAUAUGCGACUUAUCAAUCUUCUCUGGCUCUUCAAGCACGUGCCAAUGAAUACUUGAAUGAUUCUUCACGCUUACAAGAUUGGAUAGCUGAACGAUUAAAAGAUCUUAAUGACCGUAAAGUUGAUCCAUUAGCCGAAGAUUGUUUGUUUAAUGAAUCUCAAGUUCAAAAGAUGAAUGAGGAACACGAAAAAUUCAAACAAGAAAAUGCCCGAGUCGAUAUCGAAGAAGUUAGCCAAGCUCGUCGUAAUCUCGAAACAUUACUUGAGGAUAUCAAAAAAGCAAAUUGCAAAAGCGUUGACCAAAAACCACUACGCGAAGCAUUGGAUAAACUUAAUAAAAACUUUAGUGAUCUGCAAAACCUAACAUCUUCGCAUCAAUUGGAUCUUAAUGUGUUGAAAGAACGUGCCAAAUGGGAAGAUCUAUAUGGACCUAACUCUACAUUACUUGAUGACUUAAAAAAUCAAGUUAAUGACUUUAUCGCCAACAAAGCAAGAUGGUCACCUGAAACUGCUGAACCAGAAUCCGACUUACAACAAGAAUUUACAGACAUUAAGCAAAAGGUUUCAGAAUUUGAAGAAAAACCACUGGCAUCAACUAAAUCUGCAUAUAAUGACAUGAAAUCAGCCAUAAAAUCAUACCUAUCAAAACAACCACCAACACAUAUUGCAAAUCGUCAACUCGAAUUCGUCCAAAACUAUGAUGACCUUGUUGGGCGUAUUGAUUUGUCUAAACAAGUAUUGGACCAACGGGAUGCUAUUAACGCUUUUCUCAACCAAUCUAACGUUGUUGAAAAGGAAGGUCUCGCAUUAAAAGAUUUGUUAAAGUCUACCGAAGAAAAUGGUGAACCUGAUCCAGGUUUUGACGAAAAAAUUGAUGCUUUUAAUGAAUAUUUAAAUAAUUUGAAAAAGGACUUUGCUGCAAAAAUACUUUAUCCAAAAGACAAACAAGCUGACAACGAUGUUAAUGCACCGAUCAAACAGGUGGUAGAUGAGCGUAUGGAAGAACUUGAAAAGUUAUCCAAAGAAAUAGACAGCCAAUUCAAAUCGUAUCAAAAAACUAUGGAAUUUUCUGGAGAACUCGAUGACGCAAUUUCAAAUGCUAAAAGAAUCGAAGAUGAAUUUGAUCAUUUCAUCUUUGAAGAAGCAUCAUGGCAAACACAAAAAGAUCCGAACAUCAAAAAAGAUGUUGACUCAAUUGUCAAGAAUUUAUUGGCUGAAUUGGAAAAAAUCAAUAAUAAAAUUGCAGAAUUUGAAAACAAAACAUUCGAUCCUAUAAACACUAAAUUUGAUGAAUAUCAAAAUAUCAUGAAUGCAGAUGAAAAGAGUGUUCCAGAACAUAUUGAGAAGCGUCAUAAAGAACUAAAUGAAUUACUAAAUGACCUGAAAUCGCUUGAUGAUUAUUCUCGAGAAGUUAUUGAGCAACGUAAAGAUGUCACAGAAUACAUGAACAAUAGUGCUAUGUUGGAAAAGGAUGCUCGAGAAAUUCAACAGAUCCUUUUACUUAACGAACCAAGCUCACCUGGAGGAGAAGGAAAUACAAUUUCUAACGCUGUUAACGAUUUUGCAGAGAGAGUUCAAAAAUUAUGUAAUGAUGAUGCUUCGAAAAUUAAUUAUCCAAAAUGUACGGUACAAAAUGAUAAAGACCGAAUAGGUAGAGCUGGAGAUUGCAAUUCGGUUAUUCACGAAGCAGUUACUGCUCAAAAUGAAUCUUUAAAAUCAUUGGCAGAUAGUUUGAAUGACCUUCUUCUCACACAUCAAAAUGUUUUACGCCGCAAAAAGAUGAUCGAAUCAUACAUGAAUAAGGCCAAAGAAGUUGAAGCUUGGAUACAACCUAAAUCAGAUAUUUUGAAUAGUAUUCUUAAUGACGAUACCUUGGGAGAAUCAACAGAAGAUCGAUUACGUGAACUUAUAGGCAAAGUCGAUGGUGUAGAAGCUGCACGUCAGGCAUAUAACAGCGCGUUUGAUCUCGCUAAAAACUUGGCAGAUAAUCUGAUUAAAGAAAUGACAAAUGAAAUUCAACGUGGUGAUGAAGAUGUCGAAGACGUCAAAGCAGAUCUUGAACUUGUACGCUCUAGAGCACAAGAAAUUGAUGCAUUAUGGGACGAAUUGCAAGAUAAUGUCCCCAAGUGUAAGCAAAUAUUAGAACAAGCGCUUCAAGUUGUAGAGUUUAAAGAAAAAGCCAAAGAAAUUCUUUCAAAAGUUAACGAAUUAUCUGAUAUUAUAACAAAUAGCCGAGUAGAAUCUGUUUCUAACAAUGAAAUGAAAGAUUGGCAGGCUAAGGUAACCUCUUUAGAACACGAAGAUCUUUUCGAGUUAAUAAAGCUUCAUGAAUUAAUUCAAGAAAACUUAAAAGAGAAUUCUGGUAUCCUGAGUGAUAAAGAAUCUGAAAAGAUUAAAGAGAUAUUAAAAAAUGUUACCGAUGCUAUUGAAUCGUUAAAACAAUUAAAGGAUAACAAGAUUGAAGAAGUUGAAGUUUAUAAAUCAGCACAGAUAUCUGGAGCUUACAUGAAUCGCGCUAAUGAUCUACAAAAAUGGAUUGAUGACUCUAUCUCUGCAUUUGAGAACGCUAAACCUACUUAUGGUAUUAUGAUAGGAGACGAUAGUGAAUUAAAUACCAAAAAUUUCCAUGAUUUAGUUGCAGUUUUUGAGAACUUCCAAAACCAAUUUCCUAAUCGUAAUGAACAGCUUGAAAACAUUCGAGCAGAAUAUGAAAACAUCACAUCACAGGAGGGCAUUCGAGAAUUACAAGAGAUAAUAAAUUGUCAAACACUCCUUAAUACAUCAUGGGACCAACUUUCCGCAUCAGUAGGUGAUUUCAAUGAUUUUACCGCAAAAGUUGCCCAAUGGCACGAUCGACAUGGUGCUAUAUAUCAUGUUGAAACUGAUAUAUUAGAAGGGUUAGAAUCACGUAUAAACGCUUUACCUAGUAUAGAUUUUUCAAAUCUAGAGGCUGAAGGUAAAGAAUUGGAGGAAAAUAUUAAAAAAGCUACGUUAAUACUUGACGAUGCUAAAGCUGCAGCCGGUCGUGUUCCAUUUAUACCGGACGAUAAGCUCGACGAAACCAACCGACAAAACUUUGAUCUUCAUCACGAUGAAGCAAGUAAAAAACUAUUACAAUUAUCAGAUGCAUUCAAAACUGCUCUUACUGCAGCCCAUAAUGCUUCACAAUUGGCAGCGUUUCAUGCUGAUGCUGAUAGAAUCAUUAAAGACUGUUACGAAGGAACUGCCAUUGUUAAAUCAAGACACGAAGACCUUGAUCGUAGUGGUUACUAUGCUCUAGAGGUUGAACCGCUUGCAAAUGUGCUUAGAAAUGCGAUGGAUGGACAUGAAGAGAGUGAAGACAAAUUGGGCACAUAUGACCAAAAGGUUAAGGGUGAUUUGAAACAAGAAGCUGAUAAACUUAUUAGCCAAAACCCUGAAGCCAAUAAGGAUCGUAUAUUGAACAUUUACAGCAAGGUGACAGCAGCCUUGGAACAGUUUUCUUAUGCAGUCGCACUUGAACGUCGUGAACACGAACUUGUGCGUAGAGUUUACGCACAUGCCAAAUCUGCCCAUGAUAUAAAAAGUUGGAUGUCAUCUUGUAAAUUAGCAAUGUUAAAUAUUCAAGUUGGUAUAAUUGAUCAAGAAGCAGAAAUAAUAGAUUUAGAAGAAAAAGUGGCUAAUUUCCAAAUCACAGUCGAUCAGUUCAAAGAUAUGAGUCACCGAGUCCUAAUACCUGAAGCCGAUAGUAGAGAAAUUGAUGAGCCUCAACCUGAGGAAUCAAAUCCUAAGAUUAAAGAGUCUGUUCAGACAAGAACGAAUAGGAUUUUAGAGGAAUGGUAUAGUCUCCAAGAUCAACUUGCAAAAUUAAGAUCAAGCCUAAAUGCAUCAAAGGAAAGUCAGGAAGUAUCACGUUGUAUUAAAGAGAUAUUAAUGGCCAUUAGUCAAGUCAAAGAGCGAGUAUUAAAUGUUGAAUCUUUCAUCACUGGUGAAGGAGUUCCAAGAUUACCGACAAAAGACGAUGUUAUUGACGGUGUAAGAGAACUCGACGAAAUUCAAGGAGAAGUGGAUCAUAUAUUAACACCUAGGAUUGACGCAUUAGAUGAUAUGAUAAACAAUUUAACGGAAAAUGACAAAGGAUAUGUUCAACAGCGAGCGGGAAUUGCAGAAGCAUUGACUAACCUUCAAAGCUUGAUUGACAAUAAAAGAGCUCAACUUCGAGAAGCUGAAAAGUUGGCGAAAUUUGGAACAAAAGCAGAUGAAAUGAAUGCAUUAAUGAGUUCAUUACUUGAAGUAGUGGACGUUGCCACUACAACAAGGGAUGAAACACCGCUCCCAUUAUUAGGCGUCAUCGAAUUACAGUCCCGUUUAACUGAACUGGAAACCAAAUAUAAUUAUUAUUAUCCUAUCAUCGUUCGGAAAUUGGAAGACGCACGGGAAGCAGCAGAGCCACUGAAAGAUGAUUGGAGAGUUGUUGACCGUCUGGGCAUUCUAACAGAACAAUGGCAUGAAUUAAAUGAAGUUGCUUUAGCCAAAAAGGAUGAAUUAAGCCGUCUACUUUCAGGCCAGAAACCGUUAAGAUCACGAGCCGGACGAGUUAUGUCUCCUGAAGCUCCAUCACGAAGUCGCAGACCUUUUUCGUCACCACAAACACGAGCAACAUCAAAGACACCAACACGACUUUCUCCAAGUCCAACGCCAGGUACACCAGGAUCGCCAAGACGUCCACCAAUCCGUCUUUUACCGCAUUCAGUCAAUAAUUACAUUCCAGACCCUAAGGAUCAACUUGACGUGGAAGUUGCACGAAUAGUAAAUGCUUGCCCCGUAAAGAUUAAAGUAUCUAUGGUCGAAGGAGAGCCCGGGAAAUAUAUGUUUGGAGAAGUUGAACCUAAAUUAUGUUAUUGCCGUAUUUUAAGAAGUCGUAUGGUAAUGGUUCGAGUUGGAGGUGGUUGGGCAGAGUUAUCGAAUGGUGCCAGUUUUCAUGAGGCGUACCUCCGCUUCGACCCGAAAGGAUCAGAACUCCGUAUCGAAGGGCCAGAAGGGGGCAGCCCCUUGGCGCUGAAACGAAUGUCAUAUGCUAGAAAAGUGAGUAGUCGAGAUACUUAUGAUAGAUCACGUUUGAUAAAACCAAGUAGCUUGGCAAGAUCACCAACCGAGUAA